AUGGUUUGCAUCAGCUCCAUUGCUGCACUCUGCUCUGCCUUUAUUGGCAUGAGUAGAGCUGCUGCAUUAGGUACCGCCGAGCAGUAUGCCUCUGGAGAAGUUCACGCUCACAUCAUGGGCAUCAAGAUGGCGCAAUGGGAUGCCGAGCUUGCAGCAGGUCAGAUGGAGAGCUCCCAGUAUCCAGAACUUGGUUACACCCCUUGCGAGAAUGGGUUUGCUGCCGCCAUUCCUGGAGAUGCAAACAAUACAUUCAGAUGCAACAAUAUUGACCUGUACCAUUUCCUGUCUCACGCGGAAUUGGGAAGUUCAGCGGGUCGAGGGUCAUCCUCUUGGGGAUGGACAUCCGAUGACGGUAGAGAGUUUGUGGCCAUCGGACAGUACGACGGCACAGCGUUCGCCGAGAUAAGCAGUGAAGGUAAACUUUUGUAUCUCGGUCGACUUCCUCAAUUUGACCCCAUAGGAUCGAAUUGGAGAGAAAUCCGAGUUCUCAGAGGUUAUGCUGUCAUUGGCUCUGAAGCCAUCAACCACGGGGUCCAGAUCUUUGAUAUGCGCAAACUGCUUAAUCUCGAUCCGGCAAGCCCCACCAAUUUUACCCAGGAAGACUUGACUGGCCAUUGGAACGAGCUCCCUGUUGGACGUACUCACAACAUUGUCAUCAACGAGGAACUCAAUUAUGCCAUCGCUUCCGGCUCAGUUGGUGGCAAUGAGACCAUCAGAGUCAGAGGCGACCUCCCUUGUAGGGGUGGGUUGAUCUUCAUAAACAUGACGGAUCCCUCAAAUCCAACGAGCCCUGGUUGUGCUGCUGGUGACGGCUAUGUUCAUGAUGCUCAAUGCCUUGUCUAUCGCGGACCAGACACAAGAUACGAAGGUCGUGAUAUUUGUUAUGGAUAUAACGAGGACACCUUGACCAUCUACGAUGUUACAGACAAGGUCGGAAACACGACUAACAUCAUCUCCAUCACUACCUUCCCAGGUGCCGAGUAUGUCCACCAAGGCGUUGUAAACGAUGAGCAAAACCAAGAGUAUAUCAUCCUUGAUGACGAAUUUGAUGAGCGCGACGCAGAAGUCGGUCCGAUGACCCAGGGUCUACCUACUACUCACAUCUUCGACAUUCGCGACCUCGAGAAUCCUCAUUACACUGGAUACUACGCUGGCAGAACCCGGUCAAUCGACCACAACCAAUAUGUCAUCGACGGCUACAGCUACCAAUCCAACUACGGCAACGGACUAAACGUCCUGGACAUCCGCUCAUUGCCUGACGACCCCAGCGGCGGGGGUAUCUGCGAAGCCGGAUUCUUCGACAUCUACCCCGAAGACGACGAGUUGGAGGGCGGCGGUACCGUCGCAUUUCUGGGCUCAUGGUCUUCAUACGCGUACUUCAAGUCCGGCUUCAUCAUGGUGCACACGAUCGAGCGCGGCACUUUCGUCGUCAAGAUGACCAGCAAGGAAUGUCCCGGCCACAAGACCUGUGAUCCAAGUCCAUGUUUGACGUCUCUACGCGCCAGCAGCAUUGAAGGCCGCCUCGAAGAGGGUCAAGACUUCUGCCAUGGAUUCCUAGCUCGCCAGAACGACGAUGAGCGCGACAUUCCUGACUAUGCCGCGGAGGCGUGCGCCGGUGGUGGUGGAGAGGGAGAGCUUGUCGCUCAGGUGAGCAGUGCCUGCGCUUGCGUCCCAACCAUCGCGGUUCCUGAACUUUCGAGGACAACAAGUCGUCCGCCUGUGCCGACUGUGUUACCGCCUUGA